CCCUGCUAGAAGGAUGUGUGUUUUUAAAAGUGACUCGCUAGCAGCUUUGCAGGGGCAGGUACCUUCAAGCAAUUCUAACAGCUACAUUUUAUUAAUGAGUGUCAUUUUACUGAGCUGCCUCAGCCCUGAAAGUCAGAGACGUUUAAAAAUUUGAAUGAACGAUUUCAACUCUCUGUGCUCCUAAGGAAGACAAUUGGCCCAAGGAACUGUCUUUCUCAAUUUUUGUUAAAGUAUUCUCAUCCUGAAAAUUUGGAUAUGUGGGUCCAGUAGAAGUAUGUCAAAGCUUGUUCAAGUUCUGAUACCACUCACCCAUAAGAUAUGAGAUGGCAUCAUGUGAUUCAUUCAGCAAGAUCUUUCUACCUCUUUGACAGAAAAAGGGCGCAUCCUAUGAGGAUAUCAGCAGACAGGAGGCUACCUGGCAACCUUCAAGGCUCCUCAUCAAAACACCAAUGCUGCGAUAAGUUGGCAGGAAUGUUCUUUUGAAAAGAAAACUGAUCAUGAGGAGGUCUACACAUUAACACAUUCUUGAAUGACACCACUGAAGAAAAUGAGGUUGCAAUUUUUUGCCUGAGAUCCUUUGCCACCACUAUUGGGUAAAUGAGAAGUGGUCUUGUGAUUAUGCUGACAUCCCAGCAUGCAUUUGGUAGACCUGUGGUUAACUCGCUCCCUCUCCAUGUGUCUACUCUUACAAAGCUUUGUCCUCAUGAUACUGUGCUUUCAUUCUGCCAGUAUGUGCCCCAAAGGUUGCCUUUGUUCCCAUUCUGGAGGUUUAAAUGUCAGCUGCAGCAACGCAAACCUCAAAGAAAUACCCAGAGAUCUUCCUCCUGAAACCGUCUUACUUUAUUUAGAUUCCAAUCAGAUAACAUCUAUCCCAAAUGAAAUUUUCAAGGACUUGCAUCAACUGAAAGUCCUCAACUUAUCAAAAAACAUUAUUGAGUUUAUAGAUGAACACUCAUUCAAAGGGGUGGCAGAAACCUUGCAGAUGCUGGACUUGUCAGACAACCGGAUUAAAAGUGUGCACAAAAAUGCUUUCAAUAACUUGAAAGCCAGAGCCAGAAUUGCAAACAAUCCUUGGCACUGUGACUGCACUCUGCAGCAGGUUUUGAGAAGUAUGGCCUCCAACCAUGAAACAGCCAACAGCGUCAUCUGUAAGACUUCAGAUUUAGAUGAACAUGAUGGGAGACCGUUCCUCAAUGUUGCUGAUGCUGACCUCUGUAACCUUCCUAAAAAGACUACUGAUUAUGCCAUGCUAGUUACCAUGUUUGGCUGGUUCACCAUGGUGAUAUCCUAUGUAGUUUAUUAUGUGCGGCAAAAUCAAGAGGAUGCACGCAGGCACCUUGAGUACUUGAAAUCCCUGCCAAGCAGGCAAAAGAAACCAGAGGAAGCUGAUGAUAUUAGCACUGUGGUAUAGUGCCCUGAACACAGUGACUGACUUGGAGAUGGAAAUUAGAUGUGGCUAGCACGAAUGCCAGAUGUUUACUUCUAACAUUUGUUGUAAACAUAUAAGACUUUUUCCAAUUAAACUGAAUUAUACCACUGUCAAACUUUCUAACAAAAGAUUUCUGUUUGGGGUGAUACAGUACACCUUUAUUGUUUCUCUGGUGGUAUUCUAAACCAAGUAAACUAAUAUGUAAACAUUAGUUUAGACCCAUUCCACUCUUUAAUAAUGAAAUUUAUUUUUUUAAUUUAAAACCAAAUAAAAGCUUAACUUUGAACCAUGUAAA